AACCAACAAACUUAAAGAUAACAAAAUCCAUCCAUUCAUUCAUCCACUCAUCAAACUAACAAACCAAAACUAAAAAAAAAAAAAAACAAUGAACACCUCUAAAUUCCUCCACACCCAAGUCUUAAAAUCACCAUUAACACCCCUUAUUCAAUUCUCACAACCAAGAUCACUCCCAAGAGUUCAUCUCCCUCGUAUUCGCAGCACGAGCAAUGGCCAAAGCAACAACGAACAACCAACAUCAGUUCCUCCAUUAACACCGCCGGAAACGGUGGAGAUAAAGUUCCGUAGAGGAUCAAGAAAGCGGAGACGACAACAAGAAUCCGGUGAAACACCAAUGAUGAAGGCAGUGGCAGAUAAUAAGAAAAAAUGGGAAGAAAUGAGUUUGUCUGAAAAAGCAAUAGAGUUGUAUAUGGGUGAAAAAGGGUUUCUUUUUUGGGUUAAUAAAUUUGCUUAUGCUUCUAUUUUUAUUAUUAUUGGAGGUUGGAUUUUGUUUAGGUUUGUUGGUCCUUCUUUGAAUCUUUAUCAGUUGGAUACUCCUCCUCUUUCUCCUCAAGAUGUGCUCAAGGGUUAAUUUAAUUAGAGGUUAAUACAAGAUUAAUUAUGGGUUAUAAUCAUGAUUAUGUCUUUUUUAUUUUGUUUUUAUGUAUGUUUUGUACCUCGAUUUUGUAAUGUCAUCAUCAAACAGAAGAUGAUAUAUAGUCAUUAGUUAAGAGGCAAUAAAAGUGGGAGAUUAUACUUUA